AAAAGUGCGUUGUGUUUUCAGGGCGAUGGAAAGACCAGUAAAAACCACUGACAAAAUGUUUAAAACCCUAGAUAGUAUUUACAGUGUGCCUUUCAUUUUUGCUACAAACCAGAAUUAGAGAAUUAUGUAUGCCGCUGGCAGGUGACACUCUUUUUUUGUUAGUAAGUAAAAGAAUAAUUGUUCGAUUUGUUCAGGCACCGUAAGGGCAGCAUUUGAAGGGGGCUUUGUGACAGUGAACCAGUGGGAGUAUGUUUUCUGUCAGUGGAAUGGGUAGAUGAUGGAUGUACAGCUUCGAGGUCUGCCUGGUUAACAUAAUGCCAGCAGAGCGCAAGAAGACUGCAGCCAUGGAUGACAAAGAUGUACCUUACUCAGUCUGCAAAGAUAAAGACAUUAGCGAAAGGAAACCAGUAUCUAGUAGCUGGGAAAGAGGGAGAGAUGAUGUGAAGCUCAGUAGCAAGAAAGAAAAUGUAAAGAUAGUGGAAGAUAAAAAGAAGAAACAGGAGGAAGACAAAAGCAAAAAGGAUCACAGGAAGAGAGAUGAUGAAAGAACACAUGCAGAAGAAGAACAAAAGAAACGGGAAGAGGAUGAAAUUAUGAAAAGGGAGGAAGAACAAAAACGAAAGCAAGAGGAGGAGACAAAACGUCAAGAAGCAGCAGCUGCACAAGCAAGGGAAAAGGAAGAGGCCCAUCAGCUGCAUCAGGAAGCUUGGGAACGCCACCAAAUACGAAAGGAGCUUCGUAGCAAAAAUCAGAGUGCUCAAGACAAUCGACCAGAAGAAAACUUCUUCAGUAGAUUGGACUCUAGUCUUAAAAAAAAUACAGCAUUUGUGAAAAAACUGAAAACAAUUACUGAGCAGCAGAGAGAUGUGUUAUCCAGUGAUUUUAACAGCCUUAACCUGAGUAAGUACAUUGCUGAAGCUGUCACUUCAAUUGUGGAAGCCAAAUUAAAGUUAUCUGAUGUGAACUGUGCUGUGCACUUGUGCUCACUUUUCUAUCAGCGAUAUGCAGACUUUGCACCACUAUUCCUUCAGGCAUGGAAGAAGAACUUUGAGGCAAGAAAAGAAGAAAAAAACCCUAACAUAAGUAAACUUAGAACUGAUCUUCGUUUUAUUGCAGAACUCACUGUUGUUGGAAUUUUUACUGACAAAGAGGGUCUCUCUCUACUUUAUGAACAGAUUAAAAACAUUAUUAAUGUUGACCGAGAGUCUCACACUCAUGUGUCGGUGGUAAUCAGCUUUUGCCGCCAUUGUGGUGAUGACGUUGCUGGCCUGAUACCAAGGAAAGUAAAGCUGGCUGCUGAGAAAUAUAACCUGAGUUUUCCACCCAGUGAGAUCAUUAGUUCAGAGAAGCAGCAACCCUUCCAGAAUUUGUUGAGGGAGUACUUCACCUCCCUGACCAAACAUUUGAAAAGGGACCACAGAGAAUUGCAGAACACUGAGCGACAGAAUAGACGUAUUCUUCAUUCUAAAGGUGAACUAAGUGAAGAUAGGCAUAAACAGUAUGAAGAAUUUGCAACCUCUUACCAGAAGCUGCUGGCAAAUACACAGUCUCUUGCAGACCUUUUGGAUGAAAACAUGCCUGAUUUGCCACCGGACAAAGCAACACAGGAGGAACAUGGAACAGGAAUUGAUAUCUUCACCCCUGGCAAACCUGGAGAGUAUGAUCUUGAUGGAGGAAUUUGGGAGGAUGAGGAUUCACAUAAUUUCUAUGAGAACCUUAUUGACCUAAAGGCAUUUGUACCAGCUAUUUUGUUUAAAGACAAUGAAAAGGGUUCACAAAGCAAGGAUCCAGCCAAGGAGGACUGCAGAGAAUCCAGAGAUGCUAAAGAUGCUAGGGAGCUGACUGCUGCGGAGGACUUAGAUAUGGAACUGGAGAGUAUGGACAUUAAUGAUGAGGCCAUAGAGUUAGAUGUUGGAGAUGAAGCAGAAGACCUCACAAAAAAACUUCUGGAUGAGCAAGAAAAAGAAGAUGAGGAAGCCAGCACUGGUUCACACUUGAAGCUUAUAGUUGAUGCUUUCCUUCAGCAGUUGCCAAACUGUGUAAACCGUGACCUUAUAGAUAAGGCUGCAAUGGACUUCUGUAUGAAUAUGAAUACAAAAGCUAACAGAAGAAAGUUAGUUCGGGCCCUUUUCACAGUCCCCAGGCAGAGAUUGGACUUGCUCCCGUUUUAUGCAAGAUUAGUUGCAACACUGCAUCCCUGUAUGUCUGACUUGGCUGAGGACCUCUGCUCAAUGCUGAAGGGAGAUUUCAGAUUCCACGUGAGGAAAAAAGACCAGAUUAAUAUUGAAACGAAAAACAAAACUGUAAGAUUUAUUGGUGAGCUAACCAAGUUCAAGAUGUUUUCCAAGAAUGACACACUUCAUUGCCUUAAGAUGCUUCUGUCAGACUUUUCUCACCACCAUAUUGAAAUGGCUUGCACUCUGCUAGAAACAUGUGGCAGAUUUCUCUUCAGGUCUCCAGAUUCUCAUUUGAGGACCAGUGUUCUUUUGGAGCAGAUGAUGCGUAAGAAGCAAGCAAUGCAUUUAGAUGCCCGCUAUGUGACUAUGGUUGAAAAUGCAUACUAUUAUUGCAACCCACCUCCAGCUGAAAAGGCUGUCCGAAAGAAACGACCUCCACUGCAGGAAUAUAUUCGCAAACUUUUGUAUAAGGACCUGUCCAAAGUUACAACAGAAAAGGUCUUGAGACAAAUGAGAAAGCUACCUUGGCAGGAUCCAGAGGUGAAGAAUUAUGUAGUGUGCUGUAUGAUCAACAUUUGGAAUGUGAAGUAUAAUAGCAUCCACUGUGUGGCCAAUUUGUUAGCUGGCCUGGUACUGUAUCAGGAGGAUGUGGGUAUUCAUGUUGUCGAUGGAGUCCUAGAAGAUAUUCGUCUAGGGAUGGAGGUUAAUCAGCCCAAGUUCAAUCAGAGGCGAAUCAGCAGUGCUAAAUUCCUGGGAGAAUUGUAUAAUUAUCGAAUGGUGGAGUCUGCAGUAAUAUUUAAAACUUUAUACUCGUUUAUUUCUUUUGGUGUGAAUACGGAUGGCAGUUCCAGCGUACUUGACCCACCAGAGCAUCUUUUUCGAAUACGACUGGUUUGUACUCUUCUUGACACUUGUGGACAGUAUUUUGAUAGAGGGUCCAGCAAGAAAAAACUUGACUGCUUCCUUGUAUAUUUUCAGCGCUAUGUCUGGUGGAAGAAAAGUUUAGAUGUGUGGACAAAAGAUCACCCAUUCCCUAUUGACAUUGAUUACAUGAUCAGUGAUACUUUAGAGCUUCUGCGGCCAAAAAUGAAGCUCUGCAGUUCUUUAGAAGAGGCUACAAGACAGGUGCAUGAGCUAGAACGGGAGUUCCUUACUAAACUAGGUUUAUCUAAUGAUAAAGACUCUAAAAUUGACAGCAGCAUUGCAGAAGGAGAAAACAUGGAUGAUGAUGAGGAUGAAGAUGAAGAGGAGGGUGGAGCAGAAACAGAGGAACAGUCUGGGAAUGAAAGUGAGAUGAAUGAUCCUGAAGAUGAGGAUGGCUCAGAAAAUGAGGAAGAAGAAGGAGAAGAGGAGGAGGAAAAUACUGAUUAUAUGACCGACUCAAAUAAAGAAAAUGAAACUGAUGAAGAAAAUACAGAAGUAACUAUUAGAGGAGGUGGCUUAAAACAUCUACCCUGUGUAGAGGAUGAAGAUUUUAUACAGGCGUUAGAGAAGAUGAUGCUGGAAAAUCUGCAGCAGCGUAGUGGUGACUCUGUAAAGGUUCAUCAGCUAGAUGUUGCCAUUCCAUUGCAUCUGAAGAGCCAGUUAAAAAAAGGGCCUCCACCUACAGGAGGAGGAGCUGUUGAAGUUGACUCUGAACUGACAGAAACCAUGCCCUUUGUGAUGUUAACUAGGAAAGGCAACAAACAACAGUAUAAGAUUCUGAAUGUUCCAAUGUCUUCACAUCUCGCUGCAAAUCACUGGAGUCAGCAGCAGGCUGAACAGGAAGAAAGAAUGCGAAUGAAGAAACUCACUUUAGAUAUUAAUGAAAGACAAGAGCAGGAGGACUACCAAGAGAUGUUGCAGUCUCUGGCACAGAGGCCAGCUCCAGCUAACACCAAUCGUGAACGACGACCUCGUUACCAGCAUCCUAAAGGAGCUCCUAAUGCUGACCUUAUCUUCAAGACUGGUGGGAGGAGACGCUGAUUGUCAUGGAACAACAAUUUCAGUCUAACCCAGUAUCUCUUGACAUUACGGGUGGGAGAAGAGUCCAUAACUUGGAUAUGAACAGUGGACAUAUUUGACAAUGUUUGUCAAGAGACCGAUGGUGUGUGAGAGAGAACAGGAGAGUAAAUGUGUCUGUCUUGGAGAAACUGGGAUCUCAGGCAGAGAGAGAGGGAGAGAGAGAGCAGAUUACAGAGGUUACCAGACUUUAAAUAUUGACUUGGUUCUUGAUGCUGUGUGCAAAUCAUAUUUAAAAGAAAGUGGAUUUGAAAUGUUUAACUGCAACUGUGUGCAGUUCAGAUAAAAUGGAAGUUAAAUUUGUUUUCAAGUAAAUGGAUAAGUACUUUCUGAAUCUUAGUUGCUUUGACCAGCAGAGUGAAACAAAAGUACAUGAAGUCAGAUAUGGGUUAUAUCUAUGCCAGACAGCAGUUGAGAAUAGGUUGUACAGAUACCAAAAGAAGCAAGUGUAAAAUAAUUUAUCACGAGUUUGACCUUUUGGUGAAAUAAAUUAUCUGUAGACCAUCAUGCAACCUUGUGUGAAAUGUGCUUCCUACUUAUGUUUGUAAAUAACAGCACGUUUUAAUAAAACUACAGUGUCUAAACAAAUACCAUAAUUUGAGAUGAGUGAAUCUUUUUUUAAUAUCUGGGCAGGGGAAAAUGGAUGUUAAAACACUAGCACAUGAUAUAGGAAACCCCCGUAGAGGAAUCACUGUGGCCCAAAAUGUAAGUACAUUAGUGCUUUGACUGAUUCACAUUAAGAAGCAGGGUGUAUUGAAACAAAAGUUUCUAAGUUCUAGUUUGAAAAAAAUCUGAGAAUAAUUAUUUUUUCUAACCAGAAAUGAAGAAAAAGCUUGUAACAAGCACUUCUUUUUUAACUUACCUUUCAGAACAGUUUGCCCUUGCUUCUGUUUAGGUACAGCUGGAGUAGAUUAAUAUUCUUUUUCCAUAGCACUCAGACUGUAUACUUAUGUUUUUGUUCCCCUUCUUAUCUUUUGCUAAACUGUUGGUUGCUUUUUUUUUUCUUUUGUGAAUUAAUUUGUUGUAGAUGCAAACAGUGCUAGUGUGAAAAUAUCACCCAUGUACAGAACAAAGUUGUGUAAAACUUGAGGGAGAAAGCAGAACCCAACAGUAGCUUCAUUAUUAACAGCUACAUGAAUGCUUCUGAAGUAUAUAUUGUGUUUAUUUCAUGCAUUGUUUCGUUCUGUUCUUUGUAUUUUACUAACCUAUGUAUUUAAAAGUGCUUUAUGUGGGAAUGAAGUCAUGUGUUGCUCUGUGUAUGUCUUUUUCGGUUAGCAAUGUAAUGCUUUGGGAAUCAGUAGCUUCACAUCACAGCUUUGUCAGCGAAGUAAAAAUACUUUUGCAUAUUGAGAUCUCACCUUGCAAAGCUAUAUAUGAUGGCAGUUUGCUACACUGAGAUGCUGCACUGCCCUUCUACUGUUCCCCUUUUGCCUUUGCAGCUAAAAUGAUCAGAGCCUUGCUGCUUUUGAAUGUUUUAGCAGGGUCAGAAUUCACUUAUCUUGAGUAUAGAUUGAGUAAUUGCACACAGGCUUUUGAAAUACAAAGUGUGCAGUCAGAUAGUACCAGGUAAAGCCUGAUUAUUACAAAUACGUCCUGUAUUCACUGUGUCUGUCUGACUGUCUGUGAAGUUUGCCAAGAAUUUGACAGUUUCUAUUUUUCCAGAUGAAGCACUGUUUUGUUCUGGUAAAAGCAUAUACAGUUUCAUACUUUUGAUGUCAGUCUGUGUAGUAGCUUCAGUGUCCAUUACACAAACUACUUCCUUCUCAUGCAUUUCUUUAACUCAAGAAUCCUCCAGUGUGAAGAACUCUUAACUCUUAGAGGCAGGGAACUGACUACAUUGACUGCAUUUUGUGAUUUGCCAAUUCUAAGUUCAGCAAAUGUAAUUUUGUAUGCUCACAAGCACGCAUGCACUUUGUCAUACCCUAAUCACAUGCACCGGCCCGUUAUUUGUAGGUGUUGAGGCAGGCAAGUGAGUUAUUGAAAACUUUCUGUUCUAAUAUGUGAAAAGUUUAAUUGGCUGCAUUUAUGUGAAUGCUUGUGUCUCAAGGAAGAUAAAGUUGCUCGUAAUUUAAAUCUUGAUAUUAUUUUGUAAUAAAUUUUUUGGCUAAUGUACCAUAA